AGCAUCAGUUUCCGCUGUGACUGAGGCUCUAAAGGAGGAAGACAUUAGCGGAAGGGGAGCACUUCCUUUAAACCAACCCCUUCGACCGCCCCUUUCUCUCCCUGGUGCUCUCUCCAUCGCCUCUCCCCUACAAACACACAGAAGCCUUAGACUGAGGCCUUGGGUAACUCCCCUGGAUAACCAGCCACUGAAGUCUGAAGAGACAGGCUUAGUGCUGAACACUCUCUCUCCUCCACAGAAAGGACAGAGUAGCUUCACCGGCUCAAGCCGAGCCAGCUUCAGGUCAACUGGACCCUGAGGACUAACAUAUCGUGUGUUUGUGCUACUGGUGCUGGUAGCCGAUCUCUCUGUCUCUUUCCUGGCCUGACAGGGUCACACAGCUCUCAGUACGCUCCUCUCAUGCUGACUGAGAAUGGAUAACGUUCAGAACGGGGUUCAGAUCGGAGACAAAAAGUUCAUCAGCAAGGCAACAGUCCUGUCCCACCUCAAAACCUACAACCUCUAUUAUGAUGGACAGAACCUGCAGUUGAGACACAGAGAGGAGGAAGGGGAGCUGAUCGUGGAGGGUUUGUUGAAUAUCUCCUGGGGCCUGCGUCGACCUAUUAGAUUGCAGAUGCAGGACGAUCACGAGCGAAUCAGGCCUCCUCCCUCCUCUACCUCCUGGCACUCCGGCUGUGCCCUGGAUAAUCAGAGUAGCAAUGAAGGUACCCAGCAGAUCCCGCCCACCAUAGAAGUGACAGAGCACGAAAGCCAUUCAGAGGACACCAUUGUGAAGGAGGAUGAGGAAGAAGAGGAAUAUGAGAGCUCGGCCCAGCUUCUGAGGACGAAGAGCGAUGCAGGGGUUCUAAGACGGGGCCAGCGCCGGUCACAUAGUGACCAGAGAAGGUUACGACGACACCGCUUCUCCAUCAACGGACACUUCUACAAUCACAAGACUGCAGUCUUUACUCCAGCAUAUGGUUCAGUGACUAACGUGCGGAUCAACAGUUGUAUGACCACGCCUCAGGUGCUGCGAGUGCUACUUAACAAGUUUAAGAUUGAGAACAGCCCAGAUGACUUUGCGCUGUAUCUUGUACACACCAGCGGGGAGCGUGUGAAGCUGAAGCGCAGUGACUACCCCCUGGUGUUGCGUGUGCUUCAGGGUCCAUGUGAACAGGUCAGCAGAAUCUUCUUGAUGGAGCAGGACCUGGGAGAGGAAGUCACCUAUGACGUGGCACAGUAUAUUAAGUUUGAGAUGCCAGUGCUGCAGAGUUUCAUCACCAAGCUGAUGGAGGAAGAGGACCGGGAGGUGCAGAAACUCAGGAGCAGGUAUGCAUAUCUGCGGUGUAUCAUAGAGAAGCAGUUGCAUUGUCUUCCUGAGGGGACCACCUGUAUGUGACCUGGUUUAGGGAGGGACAACCACAUCUUCACAAAACCUUCCCAAGAUCUCGCAGACCUGUUCAGCUACCCCUCCUCACCCCUGACUCCGUCCCAAGCACAAAACAGGAGUGAUCAAGAACCAUCCAGAGGAGAAGCACCCAUUUCAACCUCGCCUUAUUAUCUUUCAAGACCUCCGUAGGGACAGUGUAAACAAGACCUCCGUAGGGACAGUGUAAACAAGACCUCCGUAGGGACAGUGUAAACAAGACCUCCGUAGGGACAGUGUAAACAAGACCUCCGUAGGGACAGUGUAAACAAGACCUCCGUAGGGACAGUGUAAACAAGAACUCCGUAGGGACAGUGUAAACAAGACCUCCGUAGGGACAGUGUAAACAAGACCUCCGUAGGGACAGUGUAAACAAGACCUCCGUAGGGACGGUGUAAACAAGACCUCCGUAGGGACG